AUGGACGGUGAGCUGAAGCACAAUUUGUUAUUGGAUUUACAGAUAUCGUGGACGGUGAUUAAAAAAAUUAUUGGGGAUAAUGACGAAGAAUUUGACACCAUCCCGAGUAAUUGGAUCAUAUCACCUUCUUCAGCGCUGUACCCUGAUAAAGGCGCAGCAACCGUAACAAAAUUGGCAAGAAAUUGUGCUACUCCUCAAAAGGAUUGGAUGCAUGUUCGCAUAGAGAUUUAUAAAGAAAAUUACGAGAACUUUGAGCGUAGCAUGAUGGAUGUGAUCCGUUUAGAGAAAGGUGCCCGGUGUCUUAGUGCGUCGGAAACGGAAGAAAGAGGAGCCGGUCGACGGGUAGCUCGCUCACGGAAGCGGUCAUCUUCAUCGGAAGAAGGUGGCCAUAGGGGAUAUCCGCCCCCUCCUAAAAUGGGUAAAAAAUCGCCCCGGAAAUCUCCAAGGAACCAAGAAUUUAAAAGAAAUUUGUAUAACACUCUACCAUCUAUACCAGUAGCGUUACCAGAACAUCAGGUUCCGCGGCAGGCAGAGCCCUCAACAUCCAAACUAGUAGUACCAGAGCGUGAGGUACAGGUUCAGGUGCCAGAAAAAAAGUGUGACAUACCAAAAAAGUCACACUUUUGUGUAUCAUCGGGAAAGAUUACAUUGGAAUCAUUGGCACUGGGCCUUUGCCACUUAUCAAAGACUGUACAUAAUUUUCAAAAUAAAUUAAAAGAUAUUCGUAUGGAGAUCGCAAGUAAAAUGCCUGCAAACGACCCAGCUCUAAAUGUUGAGGAUCCUGGAGAAGAUAUCGAGGAGCCGAUAUUUAGUUUGCCGCUGAAAACCAUAGAUGAGCUUCAGGCGUUUGAGGAAAAGUUGAAAGAAAAAGAAUUUUCUACAACAAUUGCAAAAGUUUUGGUACAGAAGAUUGAGAAAACAAAUAUAUCUAAAAGUGCUAGAAGUGCUUUAAAGCAAUUGUUGGAUCAUUCACUAUAUCAAAAAUUUAGUUGGAAAGGCCAACAGAGAAAGGAUCAGGCUGAACCGAAGGAAUGUUUCUCCAAGCUGCGCACGUGCGAAUUAAUUUACAAAUGUGUGAAGAUGGUUUGGAAGAACGAAACUGACCUAAGGAAAAAAAUUGAAACCACCUUAGCAUCUUUCCUUGCCCAACAAGGUUCUUUGUAUUUAAAAAGAUCGAGUGUGUCGACUUCGGGUGCUGGAGAAAUGCAAGAGGAUCAAGAUCCAUAAAUUGUAUAUAUAUAUUUUGUUUUUUUUAGCUAUUGGAAUUUUUUUGCCUUUACAU